CCAAAAGUAUUGCAAAUUGUUUCGAUGGAAUUCGCCGAUGAGUACAGUGAAUAUCGUGACGAAAUUCCCAGGCGCCUGCACAACCAGCUAGCAUUUGUUAAAAGGAUUGUUAUCAGUCGAAAAUGUGUAGUGCUAGUUGUGAUUAUCAACGAUGGAUUUCAACUAUUAGAAGUGAAGGAACGUGCUAUUAUUGCCUCGAUUCAGCUUGCACAAUUUUUAACCGCAACAGGAGCAUCUCUUCCAGUACCAAGUAUUUUUGGGACACUCUCGCCGAUUCCGGAACCAGAGCUCAAUGAUAGUAAAGAAAUUUCAUUUUCUGUUUUCCGGUCGAAUGACAGAAUUGAGAGAAAGCUGUUCUAUCUGAUCAGCAUUGAUCGUAAACUGGUGGUAAUUGAGAGAGAAGAUCAACCGUUGGUAAAAUUUGUGCAUUUUCAAACCUACGAAAGCUACAUCCGGCAUGAGAUUACGGAAAUGGAAGAUCGUCCGGGUUUUCCUGCUGUGAAAAUAUAUCUUGAACAUCAGACAGCUCCAAUUGUGACUAACUUCCAGGCCUAUCGCGUCGAACCCAACGAUGCCAGUGUAAACAAUUUCACAUGCUUCCACGAAAUUCAGCGAACGUUGAAGGAACAAACUAACGAGAAGCAAGCGGAACUGGCCACGAUUCGAUCGAUGACGGGUGAAUUGUUCGAUCAAUUGAACGAUCGGCUGAAGCAGGUUCCGGGUCUACUGCGAACCGAGAAUCCGGACGAAAAACGUCCGCUCGUAAAAUACGGUGACAUCUGGACAAAAGUACACAACGAACAGCUGGUGAUUGGCUUUCCGGUUUUCAACUGCACGUACAAACGGCGGCAAACUCUAACAAAUUUGAGUCUAUUAUUGGAUAAUCCCUCGCUUAAUCGUUUCGAGUAUCGGUCCAAAUUUUACCAGCUAGACGACGAUGAUUUCACGUUUAAAAACUACAAACAAAUUUUGGCAGUUGAGGAUAUCAUAUCUGAUGUUCCCUUGUUCCAACAGGAAUGGACGGAGCCAAAGAUCAAUGUACUUCACUCGGAACAAACCGCAGUCUUCGUGGCGAUAAUGAAGUUGUCAUCAGCCAUCAAUCAUCUGGACUUUGCUACAACGUUUCAAUGCUUCGUUACUUACGAUGUAGCUACGCUUGAAGCAGAUCUAUGCGAUCGGCUUCAGCUGUAUCUCGGUUCGGUGGAAGUGAAACGAAGUGAUCUCUACAGUGAAAACUUAGCCGUCACUUUUAAGGAUCAACGAAGUCUUUUCAAAGACCUACUCUCGAUAACGGCAACGUCCGAAUUUAUAUCUAUUGAAGUUAGUUUCGACCAGACACCUAACCGUGGAUUGGAUCGGUUCUUUGCCGAAACGCUCAAGUUUCAAUCGAUCAACUUGACCUGUUCCACCGAUUUAGUGGAACUUCCAAAUAUAUUGUAUUACGGUGAUAACGGAUACUGGCAGGCAGUGCUGAUUAGAUUAGACGAGCUGAAUGAUUCGAGACAAAAGAUAAAAAUUUACGGCAGACACAAACAUCAGAUACUAACAAUACUACAGACCAUUUACACUGAUUAUGAGGAAAAAUGCUCCAUUAAGUUGACGGAAGAUAUAAACGCUACUUUGGAGGAGUUUAAAGAUAGCAUUCUCAACGAGCUUAGAGUAAAAAUCGAUAAACCACUGGCCACUGAGGAAAUUCUUUCCCAUGAGCUGAAAACUGAUUGUAUUUUUUCAAAACUGUCUCUUAGUUGAUUCA